AUGGAAGAACACAAUGAAGAUCAGCUAGAUUAUGAGUCAGAGAAAGUGGAAAUCUUAAGACUGGCCCAGUCAAAGAGGAACAUUGACAGUUUGAACAUGGACCUUGAAAGGGAUAUGCAGAGAAUAGAUGAAGCAAAUCAGGAACUUCUUCUCAAAAUCCAUGAGAAAGAAGAUAAGAUUCAGAGGCUGGAAAGUGAGAUCACUCAGACCAGAGAUUUGGCGGAAGAUGAGGAGUGGGAGAAGGAGAUCUGCACCACAAUGGAAAGGGAAAGAGCCUUGCAGGAGCUGGAAGAAGAAACAGUCAGACUUGAAAGGAAGAACGAGACUCUGAUCCACAGUAUAACAGAACUUCAAAGAAAGCUUACAAAGAAAUCACAUAAGGCAACCAAGUGUGAACAAGACAAUCUAAACGGAACCCCAGAAGAGUUAAAGGUUAAGUUACAACAGCUGGAAGCUUCCUGUGCAGACCAAGAGAAGGAGCUGGCCAAGGUAAUGGAAGACUAUGCAUUGGUGGCCCAGCUCUGUGAAGAUCAGGCCCUUUGCAUAAAGAAGUACCAGGAGACUUUGAGGAAAAUAGAAGAAGAACUAGAGACUCGGUUCCUUGAGAGAGAAGUAUCAAAAGUCUUGAGCAUGAACUCUGCAAGAAAAGAGUGUAACAGCCAAAAUAAUAAGAUCCUGGCUCUUGUCACCAAGAUCAACUCUAGACGAAAAUUUAAGAAAAGUUGUGGGGAAGGGGCUAUUUUUGACUGGAUUUUUCGAUGUCUCCUUUUCACCACCCUAUUUUUCAUCAGACUGCUGUGCUACGUUUUUUUCCAUAUAAGUUUUAUAAAUCCAGAUCUCCUUGUCAACAUACUGCCCAAGAUACUGAACAGGGGCGUCUUGUGGAAGCUAAGAUGCUUUCUCUUUCCAUCUCUUACUCUUGAGACAGAGGACAUCUUACCCCACUGA